ACUUAUAUACUAAACAUUUAUCUAUUUUAUAAUUUGUGGGACAUAUGUUUUGAUAUAUUGCCGACUGUGAGGAUCAAAAUUAAAGAUUUUACUGUAACCGAUAGUUCCUUGUCCUUGAUGAUGAUUCAGUUGCUCAGCCCUGCCCUGUGGUUGAUGACUGAUUCUAAACUAUUGCAUAUCCUGUUUUGUACCAUAAGCAAGCAUUAGCAUUUAACUGACUCUGUCAGCUUCAACCAUUCCCAAUGGUUGAAGCAUUGUUCCAAACACUUGUUACAACCCCUAUUCUUUCUUCUGCAUACCCUUUCCACACCCUUCCACCCCACAAAGUAAAAACCCUCCAUAAUGGCUUCCACCCCAAUUUUCAUAAACCCAAACAAAGGCUCAAACUUGACACACCCCAAAGUUCUGAACUUUCUUCUGUUUCAACCUGUGGUCAAAACAUUGUUCUUCUUCAUGACUGGCCUCAGCUCCUUCAAUUCUCAAUUGGGUCACAGGAUUACAUACUGGCUCAGGCAAUUCAUGGGUCUCUAAUAAAAUAUGGUUGUGAAGGUGACCUGUUUGUGGAUAACAAUCUUGUCAACCUUUACACAAAAUUCAAUAAAAUGGGUGAUGCACAGAAGAUAUUUGAUGAAAUGCUUGUGAGGAGCGUAGUUACAUGGACUACACUCAUGAAGGGGUAUUUGAAGAAUGGUGAAAUUGAAUCUGUUUUCCAUAUUGCACGUGAUAUGUGUGUGCUUGGAGAGAAGUUCAAUGAGCAUACUUGUUCGGUGGUGCUUCAGGCAUGUCAAUCCCCGGAAGAUUGUGUUUUCGGCGAGCAGGUUCAUGCUUUUGUUGUAAAAAAUGGGCUUCAGGAGAACGUUGUUGUGGCUACUUCAUUGGUAUCUAUGUACUCUAGAGGUGGCCAAUUGGGUCAUGCAGAAAAAGUGUUCAGGGGUACAACUGUUAAAGAUGCUCAGUGCAUAAAUUAUAUGAUUUUGGAAUAUGGAAAGGCAGGCUUGGGGGAUAAAGCGAUUCAGAUUUUUGUUGAUAUGCUACAGUCUGGAUUGAAACCAAGUUAUUAUACGUUUACAAAUUUGAUCAGUGCAUGUGAUUCAAGUGUAGGACUUUAUGUAGGGAAGCAGCUACAUGGGCUUGCAGUGAAGUAUGGUUUUGUAUGUGAAACGUCUCUUGGAAAUGCAAUAAUUACAAUGUAUGGGCAACAUGGGAUGGUCAAAGAGGCUGAGAGAGUUUUUAUUGAACUGGAUGAGAGGUCUUUGAUUUCCUGGUCUGCACUUCUAUCGGUAUUUGUUAAGAAUGGCCAUCCUAUUAGCGCCCUUGAAGUUUUCUUAAAUAUGCUUCAGAUUGGUAUGCCUCUUGAUUCUGGUUGCUUCAGCACUGUACUUAAUGGGUGUUCAGAGUGCAAUAAUUUGAAAUUUGGGCUUCAAAUUCAUGGACUUACAAUAAAGCUUGGUCAUGUCUCCGAAGUAAAUAGUGGUACUGCUUUGGUAGAUUUGUAUGCUAAAUGCGGAAAUUUGCAGUCUGCAAGAGCAGUUUUUGAUGGGCUCCCAAAUAAAACUAUUGCUACAUUUAAUGCUAUUCUAGUUGGAUAUUUAAAUUCAAAAAUAACGGAUGAUGAAGUAGUCCCUAUGAUUUUAUUCAGCAAACUAAGAUCCAAUGGUGUGAGGCCAGACUUGGUCACAUUUUCACGGCUCCUUAGUUUAUCCGCUAAUCAAGCAUGCUUAGUAGCUGGGGAGAGUGUUCAUGCUUACACUAUAAAAGUGGGACUUGAAGAUGAUACUGCUGUAGGCAAUGCUGUAAUUACUAUGUAUGCUAGAUGUGGCAGUGUUCAGGAAGCCUAUCAAAUAUUUAGUGGCAUGAACCGUGAUUGUGUUACCUGGAAUGCCAUAAUUUCUGCAUAUGCCCUUCAUGGUGAAGGAGACAAGGCACUUUUGCUCUUUGAGGACAUGAAGGAACAGGGUUUUGCUCCGGAUGAAAUUACAAUGUUGGCUGUUCUCCAGGCAUGUAGUUACUCAGGUUUAUGGGAAAUUGGGUUGUGCUUAUUCGAUGAUAUGGAACCAAAGUAUGGGAUCAGGCCGAUGAUUGAGCACUUCUCUUGCAUCAUUGAUCUUUUAGGUCGAGCAGGAAAUCUAUCCAAAGCCAUAGAUAUCAUCAACAAAAGCCCAUUUCCUGAAUCAUCUUUGCUUUGGAGGACUUUUGUCAAUGCCUGUAAGCUGUGUGGUGAUUUACAACUUGGAACGUGGGCCUCCAGAAAAUUGCUUAAUUUAGCCCCCAAUGAGGCCGCCUCUUAUAUACUUGUAUCAAAUAUGUAUGCUGAAGGAGGCAUGCUUGAAGAAGCUGCAAAGGUGAGAACAGCUAUGAAUGACUUGAAGUUAAGAAAAGAAACCGGUUCCAGCUGGAUUGAGAUAGACAACGAGGUUCACUAUUUUAUAGCAAGUGACAAAGACCACCCUCAAAGCAGAGAAAUUUAUGCAAAUCUAGAUCUGUUAAAAGAUGAAAUAUAUUGGAGCUACAAGAACAGAAAUAAUCUCCAACUGCUCUCAGAUCCCCUGUGACAUAAUAUUGUUAGAGAUGCUGUUGUUCAUUAGCAUCAAUUCAUCGACAUUCUUAAAGGGUGUAGGGGAAUUUAACAGUAGAACACUCAUCCAUAAAAGUUAUCUGAUAGUUUCACUAUAGUAAUUCUGUAUACCUCUUCUGACCGGUAGAAGGUUCGGAAAAUCUGAAGAGUACCGCUUGUAAUAUUCAAUGUGCAGUGAAUGGCUGAAGCUUUUGAGUUAGAAGCUGGUAUAGAAACAAUUUUUGGUCUUUAUGCUCGUUUUCAUUAGGAUAGAAAGGGAACCAAAAUCAUUUACAUUUGUAAUCUUUAUGGGAAAUUUAGAACAUGACCUGAAAGAGUUCAUGCAUUAUAAUCCAUGAAAUGAACGGAAGAGUUCUGGCAUGUGAUGGAGUAAGUAGAUUUAAAUAUUACUGCAGUUAUUUUAGAAUGCUGUGUACCAUAUUUUUACACUGAAUAUAUCAAUGUGCAGCCCUAGGU